AUGUUGAUUAAAUACUACCAGCCAGUAAUUGACUACUUGGAUGCUCAGUUUGAGGCAUAUCUCCAGGAGGAGCUGAAGAUCAAGCGUUCCCUGGUUGACUAUAACGAUUCCCGUAUCCAUGUGUGCCUAUACUUCAUUGCGCCUACAGGACACUCCCUCAAGUCCCUGGACCUGGUGACGAUGAAGAACAUUGACCGAAGGGUGAACAUCAUACCACUGAUUGCCAAAGCCGACGCACUUUCCAAAAGCGACCUCCAGAGGUUCAAGAGUAACAUCAUGAGUGAGCUGGACAGCAAUGGCAUCCAGAUAUAUCAGUUCCCGGAGGACGACGAAGAUGCUGCUCAAGCAAACACCUCAGUGAAUGGGCUGCUACCUUUUGCUGUGGUAGGAAGUAUGGAGGAGGUGAAAGUUGGAAAAAGAAUGGUCAGAGGUCGUCAUUACCCAUGGGGAGUUUUGCAAGUGGAGAAUGAGAACCACUGCGACUUUGUGAAGCUCCGGGAUCUGCUGCUGUGCACGCACAUGGAAGAUCUGAAGGAUCAAACCCACUCCCACCAUUAUGAGUGCUACAGGAGCAGCAGACUGCAGCAACUGGGCUUCAACGACACGGGCCCCGACAGCAAGCCAGUGAGUUUCCAAGAGAUGUAUGAAGCCAAAAGACAAGAGUUCCACAAUCAGUGUCAGAGGGAGGAGGAAGAGCUGAAGCAGACGUUCAUGCAGCGGGUCAAGGAGAAGGAACUGACCUUUAAGGAUGCUGAAAAGGAGCUGCAGGACAAAUUUGAACACCUGAGGAGAAUCCAACAAGAGGAGACCUUGAAACUGGAAGAAGAGAGAAGAAAAUUAGAAGAGCAAAUCAUAGAUUUUUAUAAAAUGAAGGCCGCCUCUGAGACGUCGCAGGCCCAGGUGAACACCAAUGUAAAGAAGGACAAAGAUCGCAAGAAAUGA